AUGGCCACGUUAGCAAACGGACAACCAGACAAUACCAGCCUGAGUAGCAAUCACAGCAACCCCAGCACCAACGGGCAUAUGAACGGAUUAAACCAUAGUCCCGGAAACCCAUCCACCAUCCCAAUGAAGGACCACGAUGCCAUUAAGCUCUUUAUUGGGCAGAUCCCCCGUAACCUGGACGAGAAAGACCUCUUCGGGAAGAUCUAUGAACUGGCGGUGCUGAAGGACAGGUUCACUGGCAUGCACAAAG